UUCGUUUGCGCGCGCGCCCGUGUGUGUUUGUGUGUCAGCAGCAGCAGCAGCAGCAGUUCGCCGCCGCCGCCACCGCCGUCAGCCGCGCGCAGCAGUCACACACCGUUUCAGUACGCGGUCUGUUGUGUUCGGCCGCACGUCGUUACACCGUCGUCGUCGUUGUCGUCAUCGUCGCCGCGUCGCAUCGUCGUCGCGUUCAAAUCGGUUUUUUUUUUUUUUUUUUUUCGUCUUAGCCCUCGAAACGUGCGUCGCACCGCGCGACAAAAAACGAUCGCGUUCUCACGUCGUUCGUGUCGAUUGGGCUCGCAGCGAACGGUGCGUUUUUUUUAUAUUUUCGGUUUUCGCGUAAAUUUUUUUUUUCUCUUUCGUAACCCUCCGUCGUUCGCGAAACCCCUCCCCGCCCACCGGAGUGCGACGUUUCCCGGACCGUUUACGUACGCGCAUAAUACGCGUACACGUAUAAUUCAUGUGUACGCGCGCGUGUGCUGUGUGACGACCACCGUCGACGGGAUCGCGAGGGUUUUGCGGCCGUAACGCGUGUCCGUCCGAGGAGAGGCAGUCGGGUUUCGCGCGCGCGUCUGUUCCGAUCUCGACUGUUUGAUGGUUAUACACGGAGCCGCCACGGGAAUCGCUCCAGCCGACCACGUUCAUCGGACCACUGAAUCCUUGUUCAACACCGGUAAUGGCAGAGUGAUCGGCGCGCCGCUACGCAUGCGCCGUCCAGAAGACCAAUCGCCGAGCGCCGCCAGUGCCGGACUCAUGAUGGAGGUGUGGGCUUCAGUAGCGUCAUGGUUUCUACGACCUGAAAUGGCUGGAGCCAGCGUGCCGCCGAUCGUGCCGCAACCACCUCCGAUGCCGAUCCGACCUUCCCGGACGUCUUCGGAUCCCCCGCAAAUGGCCAUGCCGCCCACCAUAUGCACCGCCAUCAGAUGUACGGUGCCGGGAUGCGUGUGCGAUUGUUUUACGCCCGGGAAACUUCAUAUACGAUUCUGCGAUGCUUGUGGCCACGGAUGGGUCCCUCACG